AAGAGAUUACAACUGCUAAUAUGCUGACUCCCCACUCCCUCACAGGUUACAUUGUGUUCAGUGGUCCACGGAGGGCUAAUGGUAUCCAAGGUCUGCGGUUCAUCAUCCAGUCAGAAAAGCCCCCACACUACUUAGAGAGCAGGGUUGAAGCCUUUUUAAAAACCAUGGAGAAAUCCAUAGAAGACAUGUCAGAAGAAGCUUUCCAGAAACAUAUCCAGGCUUUAGCAAUUCGCCGCCUUGACAAACCAAAGAAACUGUCUGCUGAGUGUGCAAAAUAUUGGGGAGAAAUAAUUUCCCAGCAAUAUAACUUUGAUAGAGAUAACAUUGAAGUGGCAUAUCUCAAAACCCUUACUAAGGAUGAUAUAGUGCAUUUUUAUAAGGAAAUGUUGUCAGUAGAUGCCCAAAGAAGGCACAAAAUAUCGGUCCAUGUACUAGCAAGGGAAAUGGAUUCCUGCCCUGUUGUAGGAGAGUUUCCAUGCCAAAAUGAUGUAAGUCUAACACCAGCACCACCACUUCCACAGCCAGCUGUGAUUGAAAACAUAACCGAGUUCAAGCGCAGUCUACCACUCUUUCCUCUGGUGAAACCUCAUAUCAAUUUCAUGGCCGCAAAACUGUGAAGAAUUUUGCUGGAUGAAGAAUUGGAAGCGGAUCAAUAUGCCUUCAGUGGCAUUGUAUAAUGAACAAACUUCUUAACCUUUAGGACAAACGAUCCAGGAUUCCUGAUUCCUUCUCGGUUCAUUCAGCAUCAAUGGUGCAAUAGGGAUACAGCAAGUUAAGCAAGUAUGCUGUAGUCAUGCGUUAUAUUUGUCAUAGAGCCACUACUGGAAACUAAAAUUAAGUGGUAUAUAUAAAGAUCUGUGUAGGUAAAUGGUAUAUUUUACAAUAAUGUGGCCCUUUAAAAGUUCAGUUUGCAUGGAUUGUGAAGAAGUUUCCAUAACAGUCUGAUCUUCAUUUGCAGGUUAUUGCUUUUCUUUAAGAUCAACCGUUUUGGAAGCUUAUUUUAUUAGACAAGGAACAAAAUAUUAUUAAAAGGCCACAUUGAUGUUUUUAAAGGAAGCAUGGAGUGAUACCAUUUUAAAAAAAAAAAAAGAUUCUCAGAAGCAGCCAUUUAGAUUCUAUGUAAAAAUCAGUGGAAAAGAGGAGUAAAAAAUUAACAAAUAUCUUUGAAGAGUUAUUAGAUAUGUCAACAUAGUUUUAAUCUUUAUACCUGUUUGAGGACAUUUUAUAUACAGACUAGUAAAAUGCUGGAAACACUUGGGUAGCCAUGUUUUCCUUACCAAGAGUGUUACCACCUUACAUUUAUAAUCUCUGCAUUUUCUUAGGGUUGCACUGAUAAUGUUUCUUUGACCUAUAAAUAAAAUUACUUUGGGAAUUCUUUUCUUCCAGUUGUCAUGUACUGUUUUAGGAGAUUUGUGUACUGUAUGUCUUGUUAAAAGGCUAUCAGUAAUUUUUGAUAGGUGUUUAAACUCUGGGCAAACACUUCUCCUUUACCAGAAACUCACAAUUUCAUAUUUGCCUGGAUCCCCUGAACACUGUUUGAAUGUCCAGAGUGUGGCCACCUAGCAUGAGCAGCCCUGAGACACACCCCGCCUGCACCUUCCUCAGUUCACUAAGGCUUGUUAAGGGUUCUCAUGCCACACAGUCAUCUUUCGCAGGCUAGUUCUUUGAAGUGGGGACUGAUACACGGUUACAGAGUUCAUGCACAUCAGCAGUAAAUAUCAGCCUAAUGAUGCAACGUCAAGUUGAACUUUCUCCAGUCACUUGUCUGCCUGAAAGAUUUCAGUAUUUUAAAUGCAAUCUAAAUUAUUCUUAGCCUGCAUCACUUUUAUGUGACACUUCAGGCGUCUGAAACGCAGUAAUAGCACAAUAUGAUACACUAGUUAUGAUUCAGAGUAGCAAACUUGGGCCAAUUGAUUUUGAGGAAUACAGCACAAACGAGAGAUACUUGUGCAAAAUAAACAUGGAAACAAGUAUAAACUUAAUAUUUUAAUUGUCAAACUAAAAAAUCAUUUAAUCAAGCCAUUGAAGGUUAUGUCACUAAAAGCACAUGGAGAAAGACCAGGGCUCAGAAGUAAAAAGGCAUUUGCAUUUCCAAUGGUAAUAUGUUGUUGCAGUUCUUACUAAGUUUUCAAGUUCAUUCCCCUGAUUCUAGUACUAAACAUUUAGACAUGAGGGCCUUACACUCAAAUAUUAUAGGUUUUAAAAGAUGAGAGUGGAAUGUGGGUGUUGUGGUUACACCACACAUACGUUUUUGUUAUGAUUAAUUCCAUUGAUGCCUUGUUGAUUGUAAAACGUAUGUUGCAUCUUCUGGAAGAGACAAUAUGUAGAGUAGUUUACAUUAAGGUAGAAAAACAACUGAAGAGAGAACAUAGAAUUAACUGAAGUGCUAUAUAAUUAUUGUAUUUCACCUUGAUUAGUUAACUUAAAGAACGACAGCAUAUUUUUACAUUAUGUACUUGAAGGACUGAAAGGCAAUCUUUCAUGGCUCAGAAGUUCAUUGUUUUGUUACUCCAGAAGAUGUAUUUUUCAACACAUAGACAAGAUUGGAGCAUUGUCACUUAAUAUCAUAACAAACUGAAAACUGAUCUGAUGGCACGGGUCAAAUGGUCCCUUCACACUAUCACAAAUGGCAUUGUUUGUUGGAGCUGUGUAGAGGGUUGUGUGGUGCUUUGAAAUCCACUGGCAAGAGGUGCUUUGGCAUAUGUGGGAAUGUGAACACAGUGCUGCUUGCCAUUUAUUAGAGCAAUGGUGUCUUUUCCCAGGAUUGCCUGGCUACUAUGGGGAGGCUUCUUCUGCAACGGCAGAAACUUGGAAACAGAGAUGGCUGUCUAAAUGAGACACUGGCAGGUUUUGCAUUCAUGCUCCCAUGUGUUCCAAAGCACCUUUUCCAAAUUGAGUCUGAAACAUUGCCCCACGCUUGGUGGGGGCACUUACUUUGAACUUGCAUGUUGUUGUAUAAAUAUGCCUUGAUGCUGAGGUAUAUAUAUGUACAGGACUCCCCACCUUUUCUUUUUGACCAAGUGGUAGAUUUGGAAUUUUAAGAACAUGUAAUAGUUCUUUAAAUGCCUGCUGGGAGGCUUGCCAGUUGCAAAGCAUUGAUUUACCAAGAAGCUUUUUGACACCUGCCACUCUUGCUUACGUUUGUCCUUUUUCUGGGAAGGUGGGCACACUGACAAACCAAAUUAAUUUACACAGUCAUAACCUUCAAGAUGAAGUAUUCUUGGACCUAAAUCUGAUGCUGGAGAUUAGCAUUUGCUUUGCAGCAUGCUAGUUUCUUAUUUUUCAAUUAAAAGAUGCAAAAAGCAAAGUGUCCAUUGACAUGUUGACACUCCUGCCUGCCAUCUUGGGGACCCCACAUGUAUGGAAUCAAAAGUUGAGAUUAAAUCUGUAGAAGAAUUGUCCCAAUUAUCCAAUGAGCAAUGCUUAAAAUAAUUGCAUCCAAUUCUUUUUAUUCAUUAAACAUGAAAAACAUGCAACAAUAUAUAUGGCAAAGUCUAUAUAAAAGAUUUCUCUUUUUAUAGUUUUCUUCCAAAGCUUAACAUCCUCUGGAUGUGUUAAUACUACAGUAUAACUCUUAGGAUUCCCAGACAGCUUUGGUGAUGCUUACUGAAAAUUCUGACAAUCCUAGUACUAACACAUCUGGAAAGUGCCAGAUGGUUGGGAGGCUGUCCUAGAAUGACAGCACAAAUUUGCACAGGUUCCUUGUGGCUAGGGUUAGUUCUGGUCACAUCUUAAGAAAGGAUGGGCAACUUAGUGCCUAUUGAGUUCUACAUUGCAAUUAAGAGUCCCUAAAACACCUUUAAUUUCGGCCCUCAUGGGGAUUCCCAUCUGCUGAAACUGUUUCAGCUGGGAGGAGAGAUGCUAUCAUUUGAGCUUGAGUAAUGUUUACUGUGUCCCUCCAAACUAUCAGAGGUCUUCAUUCAUCUUGUCCCAUUUCUUAAUAGUAUGAAAAUGCUACUUUGAAUUUGGGGGAACAAAGCAAACUGAUUAAAACUGUAUGCUACUUUACAGAGAUGUUGCCAUCUGUCUGCAAGAAACAGACACACACAAAUAUUUCUUCAUACAUUUAUCUAUCCAAUAAUUACCUUCACCUCUUGUCUCCACAUAUGCCUAAUAGAUUUGUCUUUGCACAACACCUUCACAUUUAGUUAAAAUUAUAUGUACUGUCUGAGGUUUUUUAAAGAUAGAAAUGCAUACUAUAAAUUUAAGAUGAGGGUAGGGGGGUAUUUAAGCUUGCACAGCAGUCAAGAAAUCCUGCAAUGAAAAUAAGAUUCUGGUAUAGAAAAUAGUUCCUAAUGUAUCUCAAGUAUUUUAAAACAUUACAGUUAUUACUUCCGUACUCAUACAAGUUUACUCCCUUUGUAAUAAACCAUAUAUUUAUAUUGCAAGCAUGAGAAAAGCAUAGAAAUGCACUUUUAUCACAAAUAUAGCACUGGUUGUAUGCAAGUUAGAUACAGGUGAUGAUCCUUAUCACACUAAAUAUUGGGGCUGAAGUUAUAACAUGGACAAAGCAUCUUUUGUUCUGACAUAACAUUGGCAGGGUGCAUGUCAGAGUUCAGACUAAAUUUUAAGUUUGGAAGUACUCAAUCUGGAAUCCUUGGCAGGAAUGCCUGAGAGAUUCAUCUAUAAAUGCGAAGUGCUGGUCAUUGUACAUACAGAGGCUGGCUGAUUUGUCCCUCAGCAGCCACCGUUUCUGCCUGAUAGAAGUCCCCCCUUAAAAAUCAUUUCUAACUUUGGAGGAGGCUGUCGAUUGAGGGAUGCUGGAAAGUGGUGUGUGUCACCUGAUUGAUAUUUAUUUAUUGGAUUUUUACUCAGUUACAGAACAGUGAGGAGUAUGGCCCCUUCAAAAUAUUACUGAACUGUGUUUCCUUUAUCCCUUAUCUUUGGCCAUGCUGACUCUGCUCCUGAGAAUUGUAGUUCAGUUAUAUCUGGAAAGCCACAUGGACUGGGUUCUAGCCAAAGGUAUAAUAAAAUAGCAGUGGCGGAAUUAGGACUAUUCUAAAAGGUAAUGACUUUGACAUGCCAACGUAGUAGGAGCAGACCGUACUCCUUAGUAGGUAUUUAAUUUUAAGUGUUCUCCAGCAUUUUAUAGUUUGCGUUUGAUAAAACAAUGCAGUUUGAUAACUCAGGCAUUCAGUGGAUUCUCUCUAGUAGAUCCAAAGCUGCAGUGUCAACAAGCAAUAACAAAUUACUUUAGUUAUACUGUUAAUCAGUUCUAGUGCUCGUUAACAAAAUGUAUGUAACCAGAAAUAAUGACUAAAUUACUGUAAUUUUUGCAAGUGCUGUUUUAAAAACUUGAUUUAGAAUCCGGGUGCAUGCUGACACAGAAUGGCGGAGUGUUUGUCAUACUCUUGAUAAUAAACAAUCUGAAUAUCUUG